GCACUUGAGGAACAAUAAGAAUCAGCAGCAGGAGAAACUUGCAUUUGGAGGGGGUGUGUUCAGAUCCCGCUGGAGGAGCCAGUAACACCGAGGAUGUGUCAGGGAGCAUGACUGCUGCCGGAAAGGGGCAUGACAUGAUCUGUCAGAAGGCAGUGUCUCUCAUAGUUGACCUCUGUAUGCAGGACAGCCCGCGGCUGGACCUCGACACCUGUGAGGAGUUCCUCUUUCUCAUCUCCAAUCAAGAGUUCAACCACAAAGAUUCGGACAUCACUGUUGGCCUCCCCAUCGGUGUGAUAAUAGCCUGUGGCCUGGCGCUGCUGUUGCUCUCCUCAUUCGUCUCCUGGAGGCUGUGCUGGGUUCCUUGGAGGAACAAAGCCCUCUCGUCAAGUUCUGCGGUCCUCGCCCCUGACGACUGCCCCUCACUUCAUUUACCGUCUCUCCUGCCCAGUCCUCAGCCAUCCGAGGUCGCCAUGGCGACUGAAAAGGAUAAGUAUUCUAUGGCGUCGAUGGGCUUUCUGGAGGCAGCUGUUAAAAUAAGCCGCACGUCUCCCGACAUCCCCGCCGAGGUGCAGCUCUCCAUGAGGGAGCACUUUUUGCGCCGUACACAGCGCAUGCAGAGACAGACCACAGAGCCUGCGUCAUCCACCAGACAUAGUUCCUUCAAACGUCACCUUCCCCGUCAAAUGCAGGUUGGAAGUCUGGACCUGGGAGAUGAUUAUGAUGUGGAUGAGCAGCCAACCAGCAUUGGCCGUAUCAAGCCUGAACUCUACAAGCAGAUGACCACAGAGAACGACGACUCCGACAAUAGUAAAGGCGGCAAAAACUGUGGCAAGAUCAACUUUUCUCUCCGCUAUGACUAUGAGAAUGAGAUGAUACUUGUCAAGAUACUCAAGGCAUUUGAUCUACCAGCCAAGGAUCUUUGCGGCAGCUCCGACCCCUAUGUCAAGAUCUACCUGCUUCCAGAUCGCAAGCAGAAGUUCCAGACACGAGUCCAUCGUAAAACGCUCAACCCCACGUUUGAUGAGUCCUUCCAGUUUCCGGUACCCUAUGAUGAGCUUUCCGCCAGGAAGCUCCAUCUCAGCGUUUUUGACUUCGACCGGUUCUCACGGCACGAUAUGAUUGGGGAGGUCAUAUUGGACAAUCUGUUAGAAGUGUCUGAUCUCUCGAGGGAAACCUCCAUCUGGAGAGACAUUCAGUACGCUACCUCUGAGAGCGUGGACCUUGGGGAGAUCAUGUUCUCACUCUGCUAUCUACCUACAGCAGGCAGAUUAACACUCACAGUCAUCAAGUGCAGGAACCUAAAGGCAAUGGACAUUACAGGAUACUCAGAUCCCUAUGUGAAGGUAUCCCUCAUUUGUGACGGGAGACGUCUCAAAAAGAAGAAGACCACAACAAAGAAAAACACCCUGAAUCCCACUUAUAAUGAGGCUAUUAUCUUUGACAUCCCUCCCGAGAGCAUGGACCAAGUCAGCUUGCACAUCUCAGUCAUGGACUAUGACCUGGUGGGCCACAAUGAGAUAAUUGGUGUGUGCCGUUUGGGCUGUGGUGCUGAAGGUUUAGGUAGAGACCACUGGAAUGAGAUGCUCACAUACCCCCGUAAGCCAAUUGCACACUGGCACUCCCUGGUGGAGCCUAAGAAAUCGGAAAAAGUGUGGAAAGCUAGAACAGCCAGUUUUGACAGUCAGGGGUCUUGCCCCUCCCCCAAACCUCCUGGCAGCCCUUGAUCAGAACCAUAUGUGAACCUACAGGCUCGGCAUCCUCGCUGUAGUCCAUUUGUCUGUCUGAUGAAAACGAGAGCCCUGCUACGGGUUGAUUUAGAUGGUUCCCAAACGUUGAUCUAAGAUCAGACCCUACUAUCUUUGCCCCGAUGUUCCUCAUGUUCAAGCUCUUCCAGUCCUUAUGAUCCUAGGUCAAUUCAUGGAAGUGUUGUACAAAUACUCUACAAAGCCAACUUGUGUUCCUAGAAUAGCUUGGUAUCGUCAGAGAUCUUCCUUUCCAAUAUGAAUUUUCCUGAAGCAUUUGAAAUCCGAUGCGGUGUUCUGCAAGCGGUCUACGUGCAAACAGAAGUUUCCACACAAUGCUACAAACAAAGGUCUUUGUGGAUGAAAGAUUAAAUAUUGGAAGUCCUAAGAAUGAAGUAAAAAAUGUUGGUAGCCUAUAUAAAAUAU